CUAUUUAGUUUUGUUGGUCGAAGGUACAGUACUUUAUUUUGCGUUAUCUGUGGAUGACCACCAAUCACAUGUCAAGAUGGCUGGUGGUAUCCUGAGUAACUUGGACAACCUUUGCAACGUAGACUGCGCCAACGUGCACCCUUUGGUCUGCCACCUGUGCCACGAGCAGUACCAGUCGCCGUGUCUGCUGGACUGCUACCACAUCUUCUGCGCCCGCUGCUUGCUGGGCCGGACCAACGACAGCCGACUCAGCUGUCCUCUCUGCGGGUACCCGUCCAUCAUAAAGGGGAACAACGGCCUCCCACCAGAGGACCGUCUGCUCAAGUUCCUAGUGGACAACAAUGCAGAUGCUGAGGAGAUUGUACAGUGUGCCAACUGUGAUCAAGAGAGCAAUAAAAAGGACACAGGUGUGAUGUUCUACUGCAACACGUGUAACCAGCCACUUUGUUGCACCUGCAGAGAGCUCACACACAAGGCCCGAAUGUUCGCCAACCAUGAUAUCGUCUCGCUGUCCAAGCGCAGUAAAGCCAAGCAUCGAAAAUGUGUUCUACACGAGGAGCCCUACAUCCUGUUCUCCACCGAGAACAAGUCUAUGCUUUGCGUCAAGUGCUUCCGAGAUAUGCAAGUGGAGAGUCGAACUCACUGCAUCGACAUUGAAACGGCCUACAUGCAAGGAUGUGAGAUGUUGGAUCAGGCCGUGCUGGUGGUGAAGGAGCUGCAGACGUCCACUCGAGAGGCCAUCUUUCUGCUGAGGUCUAUGAUUGGAGAAGUGUGUCUCAAUGUGGAGGAGGAGGAAAGUGCCAUCUGCUCUCUGUUUAACAGUCUGCAGGAAAAACUCGCCGAGAGGAAGAAGAUUCUGCUGAAGACUGCACAGAGCCAGCACGAAGAGAAGGAGAAAGCGCUGAAGGAGCAGCUCUCACACCUCACCUCACUGCUGCCAACACUCCAGGUGCAUCUGGUGACCUGCUCAGCCUUCCUCAGCUCAGCCAACAUGUUCGAGUUUCUGGACAUGGGUUAUCAACUGAUGGAGCGUCUGAAACGAAUCGUGAAGCUCCCUCAUCGGCUGAGACCUGUGCAGAGCAGCAAAAUCAACACCGACUACCGCAGCGAGUUCGCCCGCUGUCUGGAGCCCUUGCUUCUGAUCGGCCAACGCUGCGCCCCGUCCAUCGCCGGCUCAUCCAGCGUCGCCACGAGGCUGCAGUCGCCUCUCUCCAUGUCUUGCCGCUCCCUGUCUCUCAGUGAAAUGCCGCUCGGAUCCGUGUUCGGCAGGAGGCCCACGUCCCACCGCAACAUCUGCACCAAGGUCCUGUUGGCCGAGGGGCGCGAGACGCCCUUCACUAAGCACUGUAACAACUACGAGAACUCUUAUAGGACUCUUCAGACAGAGAUUCAAACUCUGAAGGACCAGGUCCAGGAACUGCACAGAGAUCUGACAAAGCACCACUCCAUUAUCAACACAGAGCAAAUGGGCGAGAUUCUGGACCGCUCACUGCACAUUGAUAGCCGGAUCGCGUCGCAGUACAGCAUGGUGGAGACCAUGCGGGCCAUGUUUGAAGAGAUCUGGGACGAGACUUUUCAGAGGGUCACCAAUGAGCAGGAGAUCUAUGAAGCUCAGCUCCACGAUCUGAUGCAGCUGAAGCAAGAAAACUCCUACCUGACCACCAUCGCCAGGCAAAUAAGUCCCUACAUUCUUUCCAUCGCCAAGGUCAAAGAAAGACUGGAACCCAGACUCCAGGAGCCCAAAGAGUGCCGCGACGAUCGCACAGAAACCAUGUUGAAGAUUUACGACGAUGGCACCGCAACCGCAGCAGAACGUCAAGACGCAAGUGACAAGCAGACGUGCGUCCCGGAACAAGACAAGAACAAGCACCCACUCAUUCUGUAAUGUCAACGCCUCAUAGCAACCCUGGAGAUACGCCGCAUAGUGUACGUGACAUUCUCCUAGCAGUAGGGUUGUGGUGGCGGGGGUCUGUCUGCGGGUGAGAAAGCUUUGCAUGCCGCCGCUAAGUGGUUGAGGUCACACCACUGUCAGGGCCGCACUUCAUCGUCCCCGCGAAGACAGUAGUGUCGCUCCGUCGGGGCUGAGUGUUAAUGACUUCAUGAUUUGCCCUGUGGGCGCUCUUAAGGUAAACGUUCUCAUUUGGGAUUUUAAUUUUACCCAUGGUAAGCAGCUGUACUUGUAUGAAUUCAUUUCCACAAAAUGAAAUCUGUUAUCACUUCUUGAGAUUUUUUUUCGGGUCUACUCAUGGCGGACAUGCCCAGUGAAAUUUAUCUUUCUAAAGGAAAUUGGAAUUGGGGGCACAAGCACAAGUUCAUAUUUGAAGCGCCCCAAAGUGACAGUAAAUUGGCUCCCUCAAACUUAAAUGGAAGACUUCCUGUGGCCUUUCAGGUAUGGCGUUUGGAGAAAAAUUGGAACUGGUGAAUAAAUAAUAAAUGAUGAGAAGUUACUGUAAUUUCCAGGCUGUAAGACGUUACUUUUUACUUCCACUUUGCACGCUUCGACUAAAACUCCGGUGAAGCUUAUUAAUGAAUUUUUACAGGCUCAUAAGCACUAAGUCUUUAUGUGUAAAUAUUAUAUUUACUAUUUAAUAUCAUUAUUAGGGCUGUCAAAAUUAUCGCCUUAACGGGCGGUAAUUAAUUUUUAAAAAUUAAUCACGUUAAAAUAGUUGACGCAUUUAACCCACAUGCCCCGCUCAAACAGAUUAAACUUGUGAUUUUUGGUGUUUUGCCGCCUGCUGGCGCUUGAGUGCGACUAAUUUUAUGGGUUUCAGCACCAUGAGCAUUGUGUAAUUAUUGACAUCAACAAUGGCAAGCUACUAGUUUAGUCUUUGAUUGAAAAUUUUAUUAAAACGAAAACAUUAAGAGGGGUUUUAAUAUAAAACUUCUAUAACUUGUACUAACAUUUAUCUUUUAAGAACUACAAGUCUUUCUAUCCAUGGAUCGCUUUAAGAGAAUGUUAAUAAUGUUAAUGCCAUCUUGUUGAUUUAUUGUUAUAAUAAACAAAUACAGUACUUAUGUACAGUAUGUUGAAUGUAUAUAUGCGUCUUGUGUCUUAUCUUUCCAUUCCAACAAUAAUUUACAGACAAAUAUGGCAUAUUUUAUAGAUGGUUCGAAUUGCGAUUAAUUACGAUUAAUUCAUUUUUAAGCUGUGAUUAACUCGAUUAAAAAUUUUAAUCGUUUGACAGUCCUAAUUAUUACUAUUAAAAUACGUUACGAACGAGUUCUGUUCCUCUGCUGGCGACGUAACCCGAAUUUCCACGUAAGUCGGAAAUAGCCCUUUAAAGCAACACUUGGUAACUUUUCAGUCUUGGUCGAAUUUAGCGAUGCCGAACCUUUUUGAAUUUCCCACAUUUCUGCAUAAAAUCACCAUCAAAUGUGAUCUGAUCUUUGUCAAAAUCACACAGAUGAAAAUACAGUGUCUGCUUUAACUAAAACCACCCAAACAUUUAUAGGUUUUCAUAUUUUAAUGAGGAUAGCAUUUAAACAAUGACAGAAGAGGGAAAAAUAAGUAAAUAAACCCUCUGCCUAAGGAGACUUAACCCUUUAACACCGAACAUGUCGGAUGCGACACAUUUACGCAUAUCAUCUUUGAAGCCUUGUCACACUGUAAUUACGUCACCCACGUGCCGCUGGUUGCUUUCACUUGAAAGUACAGAAGUUGAUGUCCACACCAGUUUUUAUUUGAAGUCAAUCGACCAAGUAAAACGGGAGAUAAUGUCAUUUGAGUUUUAUAGUUUUAUUGCACUCAUAAAUAUGCAUUAAAACGCUGCAUGGACCAUGUGUCUAUCUCCAUAUUUCCAUCAUUUCUUGUCCUUUUUCAAAAUCGAAAGCAGCACAGAAGACUACAUAUCCCAAGAGCCGUUGUGAUGUCAAGAAGGACGAACCUAAUGUGAACAUUUUUAAUAAAUUGCUGAGCGAGGCGCCAACUAAGGAAAGGGAGGCAUGCGAAUCAAGCAACAGCCGAUUGGAUUGAGCGAGCUACUUUGAAACGUGCAGAAUGAAUCAUAUAACUAAAUUUAGUGCAAGCUAAUGCAUUAUUUCAUUAACUCAAGGAAGAGGAUGAGCUGUAUUUGUCGUUGUUUUCCUCGGCUGAGUCAGCGUCUCGGCGAGUAGAAGUGACAGCAGCGCGCAAAUGGCGGAAG